UUCUGAACCUGAAUACUACACAUUUCAAGUAAUUUAUGUAAAUGUAAAACGAAAGUGCAAGAAAAAGCGCAUAAAUGUGCAUUUCAAUGUUGCAAAAGUAGUGAACGUGUUGGUCGGCCAGCCGAACAAGAAAGAGCCAAACAACGGGUAGCAAACGAUAAGAUAUCCACAGUUUAGCUACAGCUUUGUUGUUAUUGUUGGGCGCGGUGCCUAUACGAAAAGACAAAGCAAAGGCGAAGGCGGAACAUCAAUAAUCAUUUUUCAAGCCAGCAGCGGCUAGGUUAAGCAAGGAUCACUUACAAUGGCCGAGCGACCGAAAAAUUUAUUUGCAACUGGACCUAGUCGGUCUCGGAUUCCACCUGAUCAGCUCAAUCUGAACAACCUCAGCAUACGCCAUCCACCAUCAUCAACGUCGUCAACCUCAUCGGGUUCCACAUCUUCGGGCUCCAGUUCCUCAUCGCAACAUAAUAAUGUGGCGCUGCGCUUUAGUGCUCCGCAACCUCUGCCUCCACAGCCGCCCGUCGUUUCAAGCAAUGCGCCAGUGUCGAGCAGCAACAGCAGUAGCUCAACGGCCACGGAUCGUCAUCGGGAGCGAAUACGGCAGCAGGCCUGCGGUAAAUUGCAGUUCGGAGAGGGUCCAGCAAACACACAUCAAUUUACGUCCGAUGAUCUCGAGGAUUUGGGUGAGAUUGGACGCGGAGCCUUUGGUGCUGUCAACAAGAUGAUAUUCAAAAAACUUGAUAAAGUAAUGGCCGUGAAACGUAUACGCUCUACGGUGGAUGAGAGGGAACAGAAACAAUUGCUAAUGGAUCUCGAGGUUGUCAUGAAGUCCAAUGAAUGCAUCUACAUUGUGCAGUUUUAUGGCGCUCUCUUCAAGGAGGGCGAUUGCUGGAUAUGCAUGGAGCUAAUGGACACCUCUCUAGACAAGUUCUACAAGUACAUUUACGAGAGGAAACAACGUCAUAUCCCAGAGUCCAUAUUGGCCAAGAUUACGGUGGCCACAGUGAAUGCCCUAAACUAUCUAAAGGAAGAGCUGAAGAUCAUUCAUAGAGAUGUAAAACCUAGCAAUAUAUUGUUGCAUCGCCGCGGGGACAUUAAGUUGUGCGAUUUUGGCAUCUCUGGCCAGCUGGUAGACUCGAUAGCUAAAACCAAGGAUGCGGGCUGCAGGCCUUACAUGGCUCCGGAGCGUAUUGAUCCCGAGCGGGCCAAGGGUUACGAUGUGCGCAGUGAUGUCUGGUCGCUGGGAAUCACAUUGAUGGAAGUGGCCACUGGCACGUUUCCCUAUCGCAAGUGGGACUCGGUCUUUGAACAGCUGUGUCAGGUUGUGCAAGGUGAUCCACCGCGUUUGCAGACCUCCUACAACGGCAUGGAAUUCUCCAGUGAGUUUGUAGAAUUUGUCAACACUUGCCUGAUCAAAAAAGAGAGUGAUCGACCAAAAUAUAGUCGACUGCUGGAGAUGGACUUUAUACGUCGAGGUGAGAACAGUCACACCGAUGUUGCCGUCUAUGUGGCCGAUGUACUGGAAUCGAUGGAGAGCGAUGGCAUCACACAGUUCACGGCCAAUCAGCCGGCGGAGAGCUAAUUCACUCACCAGAUACGGCAAAACGAGUCAUAAAUAAAAUAAACUAUUAAAAUACCCCAAACCAAUAAGAAAAAUCAAACUAAAAAGAAAAAAAAAAAAACAAAUAAUAAUGGAAAACAUAUAUUGUUGUCUACUCUGUAGCAUUUGUAGUAAACGUAGCUUAUAUUUUGUUAAUGGAAGCAAAGUAAACACAAAAAUAACCGAAAUGAAAGUGAAAAUGUGUAAAAAAAAAACCAAUUAAAAAUUAUAUAUAUAUAUUUAUAUAUAUUAUACAACAAGUUUGUAUUUUAAUAAGUGUAAGUUGUGUGCGAUAUACUUGUGAGAAGAAAAUUUGUAAACAAAUUUUGAAAAUGAAUUGUUUAGCGAAAUGACUUAUAGUCGAUUGAUGCGAUUGCGAGAUAUGUAUGUAUAUCAGACUAAUUGAUCGAUAAUAUGAAUAAAACUUUUAAUGUUUAGUCAGUACUAGCAUUUUAAAUUGAUUCAUUUAUUUAUCAUUGUUGAUUAUGAUAAUGCAUUUUACAAUAAAUCAACUGAGAAAUCCAA